GUGCCUGAAACGUCCCGGGGCGCUCGGGAGAAUCCCAAAACAAAGCCUUCAGUCCCCUGCAGUCCCUUCCACUGUCCGCGAUUUUAGCACCUUCGAGGGCUACUUGGGUUGGGAAGGCGGGUCGGAACCAUCUCUUUACGGUGCCCAGGCCUGUGUAAAUUCAGGGCUGUUGGACUGAGCCUGACGCUAGUUGUUUUAGGGUCUUUCUUUGUUUCUCAGUGGUCUACUUUUCUAUUCCAAAGUCAGGCUGUGUGUUCAGGUUUGUAAAAGAAGGCACUGCUAUACAGUUGGCGAGCUCGUCACUGUAGUGGUGAUAAUACUUAAAUUUCUCACGUAAGUGGGCCUUGUAGGGGGAAGGAAAGGAGGAAAACCCCAGACAUUUCUGUUAAGCGGCAAUGCCAUGAAAGAAUAAGUUCCUUACUUUAGCAUUUUGAUCCUGCACCAGUUCAACUUAUCGUUCAGUUUUUGGAACAGGCUUCCAAACCUUCAGUUAAUGAACAAAACCAAGUUCAACCUCCACCUGAUAACAAGAGAAAUCGUAUUUUAAAACUUCUUGCUCUUAAAGUUGCUGCACAUUUGAAGUGGGACUUAGACAUAUUAGAGAAAAGCUUGUCUGUUCCAGUAUUGAAUAUGCUCCUAAAUGAGCUUCUCUGCAUCAGUAAAGUUCCUCCUGGGACAAAGCAUGUCGACAUGGAUCUGGCCACUUUACCUCCAACCACUGCCAUGGCUAUCCUUCUCUACAAUAGAUGGGCAAUUAGAACAAUUGUUCAAAGUAGUUUUCCUGUCAAACAGGCAAAACCUGGACCCCCUCAGUUAAGCGUAAUGAAUCAAAUGCAACAGGAAAAAGAGCUAACAGAAAACAUUUUGAAAGUGGUGUGUUACGAUUUGGGUGCAGCAUAUUUUCAACAAGGCUCCACAAAUUCAGCUGCCUAUGAAAAUGGCAGAGAAAAAUUUUUUAGAACCAAAGAACUAAUGGCAGAGAUAGGUUCAUUGUCUCUUCAUUGUACCAUAGAUGAAAAGCGGUUAGCUGGCUAUUGUCAAGCAUGUGAUGUUCUUGUACCUUCUUCUGAUAGCACCUCUCAGCAGUUGACUCCAUACAGUCAAGUCCACAUUUGUUUGAGAUCUGGCAACUAUCAGGAGGUAAUACAGAUUUUCAUUGAAGAUAACUUAACCUUCAGUUUACCUGUCCAGUUCCGGCAGUCAGUGCUAAGAGAACUCUUUCAGAAAGCUCAGCAGGGAAAUGAAGCUCUAGAUGAAAUCUGUUUUAAAAUCUGUGCCUGCAACACAGUCCGUGAUAUACUGGAAGGCAGAACAAUUAGUGUUCAGUUUAACCAGCUGUUAUUUCUUAGACCUAAUAAAGAAAAAAUUGACUUUCUCCUUGAGGUAUGUUCAAGAUCAGUAAAUUUAGAAAAAACUUCAGAUUCUUUGAAAGGAAACAUGGCUGCUUUUCUAAGGAAUGUAUGUCUGGGGUUGGAAGAUCUGCAAUAUGUUUUCAUGAUUUCUUCACAUGAGCUUUUCAUUACAUUGUUGAAAGAUGAAGAGCGAAAGCUGCUUGUUGACCAGAUGAGGAAGAGAUCACCUAGGAUAAACCUGUGCAUUAACCCUGUAACUUCAUUUUAUGAUAUCCCAGCCUCAGCAAGUGUCAACAUCGGCCAGUUGGAACAUCAGCUUAUACUGUCAGUAGAUCCCUGGAGGAUUCGACAGAUUUUAAUUGAGUUACACGGUAUGACUUCAGAGCGUCAGUUUUGGACAGUGUCUAAUAAGUGGGAAGUACCUUCUGUGUAUAGUGGUGUUAUCCUGGGAAUUAAGGACAACUUAACAAGAGAUUUGGUUUACAUUCUCAUGGCCAAAGGUUUACACUCCAGUGCUGUUAAGGACUUUCCCCAUGCUAAACAGCUGUUUGCUGCUUGUUUGGAGUUGGUAACAGAGUUCUCACCGAAACUUCGUCAGGUCAUGCUGAAUGAGAUGUUGCUUUUGGAUAUUCACACGCACGAAGCUGGAGUGGGGCAGUCAGGAGAGAGACCUCCUUCCGACCUCAUCAGCAGGGUGCGAGGAUACCUGGAAAUGAGGCUUCCUGAUAUUCCUCUUCGUCAAGUUGUAGCUGAGGAGUGUGUUGCUUUUAUGUUAAACUGGAGAGAAAAUGAGUAUCUUACACUCCAGGUUCCUGCAUUUUUGCUUCAGAAUAAUCCAUAUGUAAAGCUUGGACAGCUUUUAGCAGCUACAUGCAAAGAACUUCCAGGCCCCAAAGAGAGUAGACGGACUGCUAAAGACCUUUGGGAAGUUGUCGUUCAGAUCUGCAGUGUGUCUAAUCAGCACAAGCGAGGAAACGAUGGCAGAGUUAGUUUAAUAAAGCAGAGGGAAUCCACGUUAGGCAUAAUGUAUCGGAGUGAACUACUUUCUUUUAUCAAAAAAUUACGGGAGCCAUUGGUUUUGACUAUUAUUUUAUCACUCUUUGUGAAACUUCACAAUGUUCGGGAAGACAUUGUGAAUGAUAUCACUGCUGAACACAUUUCUAUUUGGCCAUCUUCCAUUCCAAACCUCCAGUCUGUGGACUUUGAAGCUGUAGCAAUCACAGUGAAAGAGCUAGUUCGUUACACGCUCAGUAUAAAUCCAAACAACCAUUCCUGGUUAAUUAUUCAGGCAGACAUUUAUUUUGCAACAAAUCAGUAUUCAGCCGCCCUUCAUUAUUACCUCCAGGCAGGAGCUGUCUGUUCUGAUUUCUUUAAUAAGGCUGUGCCCCCUGAUGUUUAUACCGACCAGGUAAUAAAACGAAUGAUAAAGUGUUGUUCUUUGCUGAAUUGCCACACACAGGUGGCAAUUUUAUGUCAGUUCCUCAGAGAAAUUGACUACAAAACAGCCUUUAAGUCACUGCAGGAACAAAACAGUCAUGAUGCUAUGGACUCCUACUAUGACUACAUUUGGGAUGUUACCAUCUUGGAAUACUUGACUUAUCUUCAUCAUAAAAGAGGAGAAACAGAUAAAAGACAAAUUGCGAUCAAAGCCAUUGGCCAGACAGAAUUGAAUGCAAGCAACCCAGAAGAAGUGUUACAGCUGGCGGCACAGAGAAGGAAAAAAAAGUUUCUCCAAGCAAUGGCAAAACUUUACUUUUAAGCAGUUAAAAACAUUUUGCUUUUAUUUUUAAACAGUGGACUAAAAAUAGUAUUAAAAAUUGUUUAUAUAAUACAUA